AUGACUGGUACCAGUCUCUUCUCCCGCGCUCACAAGCCGAGAGGGUCUCCGCCCAAGAAGAUGCGCGGCUUCCUCGCCUUACCCGGUGAGAUCAGAAACCAAAUAUACGGCUACUACUUCGGCUCGGAGCGUCGCUGUGAGAUUGCUAGCAAAGGAUCCAAAUUCACGCAGCGGAAGCCACAGACUGUCAAGUUGUCAUCAAAUGUUAUCGCUACAAAGAGCACGACUCCUGCGCCUGAUCCUGAGAUAAACGCGACUCCUCCUGUCGUGAUUCGCUUCUCGAGAUCACUUGGCAAAUACAACGCUGUUCAGGGCCUGCGAACGAACUGGCCGGGCUCGCUAUGUGCGCUAAGUCUUGUUUGCAAGCAAGUCUAUGCAGAGACAGCGAAGUUGCUCUACCAAAACACGAUUUUCGUCUUCGACGCGCCAAAGCGGAUGACAAACUUCUUCAAAUAUGCCUCGUCCAUCCACUUGGGAAACAUCACCAGGUUGCAUCUUCACUACAGUACUUAUGGAAAUCCAAACAAGACCGUGGACGUGGUUUGGCAAGAGAAGCAUCAUCAAAGUUGGUAA